AAGCUUGAAGGGAAGCUCUGAUUUAGGGUUUAGGAGCCCCUGCGAUGAACUUUCUUUCACAGUGCGGUGCUGUUGUUACCCUCCUUCCCUCUGCACGAUUUUGCACAAUUAGCACCUUGACUCGGCUUUAGGGUUUCAGCUUUGUAGAUUGUCGCACAACUUGUGUUUUUUGCGCAACAGAGGACGGAGCAGGCUCAGGCGCAGCGCUGGGGUUUAGAUCGAGGAAGAAGGGGAUGGAGUGAGGGAGUGAGGGACGCAGACGGUACAGGUAGAGAGGUAGAGGUAGAGAGGUCUCUUUUUGCUUCUGUGCCUGUGUUGUGGUCUUUGAGGAGCGAGGAAUUGCAGUGAUGUCGACCGGGUUGGCGAAAUGGGCUGGGGAGCUUGCCAAGGGCGUGCACGGGUUCUGGGAGAAGGGAAGAUGGACACCUCUAGCCAUCAGCGCCAGGCACCGUGCUAAAAUUCGGAAGGAAACUCUACUCGCUGGCGGUGAGUGGCCGUAUGACGCCCCACGAAAACCUGAACGGACGAAAAUGAAAGGCCACAAAGUUGAUCGUGAAGCUGCUCUCAAACGAGCACGCACAGUGGAGCUCAUGGAAAAGAUGCCGCAAAUGUUGGCUGACAUGAAGAAGAGGAGGUGGGAAAGGAAACUUACAGAGAAGAAGUAAUGUCAUCAUUUCUGCAGUUACCUGCAAUUACAUGGAGGAGUGAUUUCCUCGGAAUUCUCUUCAGAAAGACUGGUGCAUUAGCAAAUGGAUAUGUUAUGUUGAUGAUACCUGCUUUCUUACAGGUCGUGAAAUUAAGCUUGAAUUUAUCAAAAAGUUCAACUAGCCCACCUCUUGGCCCCCAAUGAGUCAUUGUGCUCUUGGCUUUGUUCAAAGCAGCUUCUGGAUUGUGCAAACUGAAGUAGGCAGGGUUUUUUAAUUGACUCUUUGUAAAUGCAACGUGCCAUUCUCUCAGCACCCUUUGAUAUUAACUGGGCUAGCUAAGAGACUCCAGUUUUCCCGAGAGUGUGAAGUUAGUGGACUGUGAGCCUGUUCCUUUCAUGUA